AAUAUAAUGCUUUCAGCGCAUGUCUGCAUUGCGGGCUGGCCUACCUUAAGUAUCGCAGGCGCCGACCUCCCCUCAUUUGCCGAAUAAAUCUAAGAAAAACGAACCUAUUUUCUGCGUAGCUGCGUUGCGUAGCUCGCGGCUGGCACUGCGCGGCUGUCCGGAGGGUUAGCCUACCCGACACUUCGCAGGCACGCUCACGAAAUGCGUCACCUCAUAGGUGCACCGAACGGUUUCUGUGGAUGGCCCCCGGGUUAAAGGGGUGGCAACGGUAUUGUUAUUAUUAUUAUCUCACGUUUACCGGGAUCCUCUGCAGCGCCCCAGUCUUCUGCAGGCCUCCCGUUUGGUCGUCGAGUUCUCCAAAGUUGAGGGCUGCGACGAACCGGGCAACGCCAUUCGCUACUACAACGUUGCGACACGCAUGGUCAGCAAGACGGACUUUUCUCUGAGCGGCAACUUCAACGUUACCCGCUCCGUGCCAAGUAUCGACUCGAUUCAGAUCCAGAUCACAAAGUGUCGGGAGAGUGUUUCGUCCAACUCCUGCGAGCGCUUCCAGACCUGGCGCUUCGAAAAUAACCCAUGCAAAGGGUUCGAUAGCCCUUCCGCUGUCUGGGGCUCUGCCCGGGAUCGAACAAAGCCUCGCCUUAGCUGUCCCUUCAAGGAGGGCACCUACAGCUUGCAGAACAUUACAAUCAGCACGUCACUCCUCGAGUCCGUGCCUCUGCCCUGGGAAGGAAACGUCUGGCUUGUGCGCUUCGGCAUGCUUGACACCAAGACACGCUUUCACAUCUGCACGGAUUCGGAGAUGCACGUGCAUCGGGUCCGCGACAACUGAGGGCGCUGAGCGGGGGUGAAGAGAGAGGGGCUUUGGCCGUGAUAUUUGAUAUCAGAUGAAACCUUCAUUCGCCUUUUUGUCAAAACACCAUUGGACAUUCGCCACUUUGUCAUUUAUUUUUCAAGGCGAAUGCCUCUUAUCUCUAAUACUGUGCAUGAUAGUGACUCCAACUAAAAUGCAAAACGGAACUCAGAAGAACAACCUGGGGCAUCCGUCGCCGCGCUGGCUCCAGUCUACCCCAGACACAGAGAUCGCAUAUACCCUGUCUGUCCUUCCUUAAUAAACGAAUGACCGCUGGACGAGUUGGUGGCCCUCUAUUUUGCACUUUAUUUCGACCCUCGUUGUCGCGUCGCUUUCGUUAAAUCUCCAUUUACGUUUAUCCACGAGUCACGCCGCGCGCGGCAUUUUGACCGACAGAGAUACGAUCGGCUCUGCAACAUUGCACGAGUGGCAAGCCGCACGACAAUAAAUGAAAUCCCUCGUUGGCGCCGCUCUUGAAGCUAGUCCCAUCAGUGGCGCCACCGGCUUCGCGGCCAGUAUGUCCUGACCGUGAUUCUAGUGGUAAGGCCUGCGCUAGUGAGCCAGGCUGCUGCCGCCCAUUGUUUGUCUUUGCAUGUGCGUUUGUCAGCCUGCUCCAGGGCGGCGCCAUGGCGAUAUGCUCCUCUGCAUAAAUCUCGCCCUCCUCCUCUUCCUCGCCAUGCACCCCGUCUGCUGGUCGAAGCGCCCAAGUCGCCCACGUGUGCUACAGACCUCCCGUUUGGUAGUCGAGUACCCCAAACUAGAGGCGUGCCGCAACGAGCCAAGCAACGCCAUCCAGUACUUCAACUUUCAGACCCGCAUGAUCAGCAAGACGGAAACUUCUAUGAACGUCGACUUCAACGUCACCCGCUCGGUCCAGAAUGUCGACACGAUCAUGUUCCAGCUCACCAAGUGCCGGGAGAGUGUCUCGUCCAACUCCUGUGAGCGCUUCCAGAACUGGCGCUUCGAAAAUAACCCGUGCAAAGGGUGGGAGGACCCCAACGCCAUCUGGAGCCCCGCACUGACGAAUGUAAAGCCCCGUCUGAGCUGUCCCUUCAAAGAGGGCACCUACCACGUGCGCAACAUCACGACCUCGCCACUCUUGGCGAAGUUACCGCUGCCCUGGGAAGGCAACGUCUGGCUGGUGCGCUUCGGCAUGCUUGACACCAAGACCAAGGCCGGCAUGCACGUUUGCACGGACAUGGAGAUGCACUUCCACCGGAUCCGCGACAACUGAGCGGCUGCUCCGAAAUCUUUUUAGCAGAUGUUAAAUAGCCUUUGACUAAACUUAAAAAAUAUUUAAGCAACUUUAA